ACGAGCGCCGUGCGCGUGCACGCGCGGGGAAUCGCAAAUGCAGUGGCGUGAUCAUUCUACCGCAAUAUAAACCGCGGAAUAUGUGCCAUACCAAACACCACAUGGAAGUGGGAAUGCAUAUUGCUGCGACAUUGAAUAUUUAAUAAUGGCUUCAUCCCCCGGAGAGGGGAACGUCGCGUGGAGACACAUCGGUGCAGCCUCGGAGCUUGUCCGCACAAAAUGCCGUCUCGUGUACUCGUCGUUCGGCCGGAAGUCGGACGUGUGCCUCUUUUACAUCAAGGGCGAGUUCUUCGCCAUGGAUGCCCGCUGCGCACACUCGGGAGGUCCACUGUGUGAGGGGGACAUUGAGGAGGCCGAUGGAAUCCUUCGGGUCUUCUGUCCGUGGCAUGACUACGAUUUUGACCUCAGGACCGGGAAGUCAGGGACGUCGCUUAAGCAACAAGUACAUGAAGUCAAGCUGGAGGACGGUGACGUGUACGUGAAGCACGCAAGCUGUCUCUCCUUGCAGCCGUUUCCUGUCCAUCCCAAGAGGUUGGAUGCUACAUCUGCUGCGAGAUGACAUUUGUGCUCAGAGUAUGUGCAGGUGAUGAACGGCCUCAGACUGAUACAGAAGCCCACAGUCUGGUUCUGCUGAGCGAGGGAGGCGGUGGAGGGAUUGAUUUACAGUCAACCUAUAAUCUGUCUGGCAAGUAAAGUGUACACGCGUGUGUUAUUGGUGUGGUAUUUCUGGACACAGUAACAGCAGUAGGUCGGUUGUGAAACAGGCCAAAUGCGACCGUCUAGCAACUCCUUUGACUGUAAUUGUCUUCAAAUAACGGUGAUGUCAUGCAAGCGCCGGCGUGCCACGGGUGGCUGCGGCCAGCGGCGGCAGUCCGGUCGUGUUUGUUCAGUCAGGCUAGGCUGGCGAUCUUGGCCAGUGCAAGUGAGGAAGUGGACGCGGUGGUUUGACUUGCACACUUCCCGUCUCAGCUUUUGUGAGAUCAAAAUCAUUUCAAAACGUUUUCCACCAUUACUGUAAUGCAGGGCUGACUAUCAAAUUUUUUUUUUUAGAAUCGGUUAUUAUAUCAAUUAUGCCAUCGAUUAAUCAAAUAGAGUUUUUUUUAUACUUAUAAUAAUAAUAAUAUUUGCAUUGAAAAGUAUUUAAGAAUUAAUUGUCCAUCAUUAUUGUUCAUUAACUGAUAUUUUUAUUUAUUUAAAACAACUACAGCUAAGCAAUAUCACACAAGAAGGAUUGAUUGUCAUAAAAGCAAAUAUUUGCCUAUAGUUUGGAUUUUUAGAUUGAACGCAAAAGAGAAAUCAGAGAAUUAUUUCUUUUGAAAGAAAUGUCAAAACGAUUACUCGAUUAUUAACAUAUGUGGUGAUUGAUUUGAUAAUCGAAUUGGUUGUUGAUGAAUCGAUUAAUUGUGACACCUCUACUGUGAAUAGCUAGGAGUGGGUGAUGUGGCGGUCCGUCACUGAAACACGAUAAAGUACAAACCUUUGAGAUGGCGAGCGCGCAGGCGUGUCCCCAGAUCUCAAUGAGCUGCUGUUGUCCAAACUUGUAGUCCCGCAUGAGUUCUGUCUCAAUGGCGCUCGCUUCGCCUUUACUACAACACAGAACGUGAUCACAUAAGAAGUCAAUUUAAUACGCUUUCAAUGUCUAAUGAAAGGAAUCAUACCUAUUAUUUAACAUAAAGCUUGCUUUAUUAUAUGCCCGGUCAAAAUGAAGCUCACACUCAUUUCAACAUAGUUCCUUAGUACCAAGAUGCCACUAGAUGGUGCCAAAAUAUUGCGUCUUCUAGUGUUCCAGUCACAAAAACGAUGAAUCCUGAAGUAAUUAAUGAUUUCAUCUCAAUAUACCCAAAAAUUAAAUCCCAGUGUAAAAUCUGUGCCUGUAAUUAAUUUGUCAUAAUUUUGGGAAGUGAAAAUGCACAAUUUCCUGUGGCACAAUCAAAACUGAUCCUACAUUCAUGCUGUGGUGUUUUUUGGCUACCGCCUAUCAUCAGUCAGCAGCUUCUGGGAAGUGUGCUCAUGAAAAGAACAGACCUUGUGAGUGACUAAUAAAAGUGAACGGCAUUCUUCAUCGUGCCUCAUUUGCACUAUA